AAAUAUCAGCUGACACGUCAACACGUAAUUCCCUCGCUAGACCCUGAAACUAUCAAUACAUACCAUCGAUAUCCCAGCCAUUGAAAGCCAUCUUUUUUUUCAUACCCGUUAAUAACAUUCCCCCUCUGAUAUCCAUCUGCAUCCACACCAAUGAUUACAAUCCAGGAAACCAAGCGGAGAUCUCUGUCCAUCUCGCUGCAAGCGCCGUUUGCGAAGCAGAGCCACGGCAGAACGUUGCUGGAUACGCCAUUCUUCGUAGACCCUCCCAGAGGUGCCACCUCGUCCACACAUUCCCGCUCCGGCAGAAUCUUCCUAUCCACGAAGAUGCUCUCGCCUAUCCAGUCCUCCACCAACCUUCAGGGCAUGGCAAGGCCAAGAAGCCUGUCGAACGCGUAUGCCAGUCGAAACAGUUUGGGCGCGAAACUCCGUGCGCUCAUGCCGCCGGUCGACGUGAAGGUUGUCACACUCUGCCUCUUCUGGUACUUCUGCUCGGCCAUCUCCAACAACUCCACCAAGAUUAUCUUGAAAAAUUUCACGUUCCCUGUGACGCUUACCGAAGCCCAGUUCUUGAUCAACUCACUCUUGUGUCUCGUGGUGAUCAGCUUGUGCGCCAGCGCCCCUCGCCUCGUGCCGUUGUUCCCCAUGGGAACGUUGCCUCCGUCGCUCACAACGCCCAAGGCGCUCGUGCCGCUCAUCUUCGAGUUUAUUACCCCCACCCAGCUCAUUAUCUCCACCACGUUGCCGAUGGGGAUGUUCCAGUUUGUGGGCCAUAUUUCCUCCCACAAGGCCACGUCAAUGAUCCCUGUCUCCCUCGUGCACACCAUCAAGUCCUUAUCCCCGCUCACCACCGUGCUCAUCUACCGGUUCAUGUUCAAGAAGCCGUACAAGACUGUCACGUACCUUACGUUGCUUCCGCUCGUCUGUGGUGUCAUGAUGACGUGUAUGAAGAAAAAGGAGGGUGUCACUGAUGAGGAAGAGUACUUCUACACCGGCAUUUUCUACGCCUUUGUCUCCAUGUUGAUCUUUGUCUCGCAGAAUAUUUUUGCCAAGAACAUUUUGACCCUCAGGAAAACAGACCCGUUGUCCCUGAGCGCCAACCCCACAAUGGCCAAGAAAGAUCAGGACGUCAAAGUCACUGAUAACAACAACAAAAAGCUCGACAAGCUUACCAUUCUCUUCUACUGCUCGGUGCUUGGCUUCUCGCUCACCUUCCCGUUCUAUGCCUACUCCGAGCUCUUCUCCAACCAGCUGUGCUCGCUCCGCGCGCUCUCGCCUUUCAUCGUCUGGAUGAUGGUAUUGAAUGGGAUGGCGCAUUUUGUCCAGUCCUUGAUUGCCUUCCACUUGCUCGGGUUGAUCACCCCGGUGAACUACUCUGUUGCCAACAUCUGCAAGCGUAUUGUGGUGAUCACUGUGGCUGUAGCCAUCGAAGGGAAGAAGAUGGGCGUGCUCCAGAGCAGCGGUUUGGGCUUGACUAUUGUUGGGUUGUACUGCUACGACCGUUGGGGCAGUGGCAAGCACUAGGGAAAGCCAUGGUUGACGCUAAAAAGGUUGGCAUGUUACAAAAGUCUCGGGAAAGAGCCCCAGCUGGUAUGCACAAAAGUUAGGCAUCAUGCAGAGCUGACAGGUUUCCCAGUGCCCUUCCGCAGUGUUAUGGCUCCUUGUUAGUCAUAGAAACACAUAAAGACACUGCAGGGGCCAUCUUUUUAUUUUACUUGGUGUAUUAAUAGACUUGAUGGAACAUUCAUGUAAGCCGGGGCCUUGCGGGCUACUUUGUGGAUAAUCUGAGAAAGCACUACAGAGAUGAAGCUACAAAGAAAAUGAUGGAUGGAAGGUAUCCAGUGGCCUGAGUGCAAUAUUCAGCGGCCAAUAACUUGAACCUAGCAUGAAUGUCAUUUGACACCUCAGACACUGUAUACAGCCGAACAAGACUUGUUCCAAACUUAUAUCUAAGCUAGGAUGGAGCCAAGUAACCCGUGAAGCAAACCUUCAAUCUUUAAACUUACAAUUCCUUAAUCAACUCC